ACCUUUAUUCCCUACCCAUUGGCGUUUGCCGUGAUCAUUCACUCCGUCUCUUCCAUUAGCGCGCGCCUAAGUAUGGCUCUGGGAAAUGAUUCGUAUGCAGACAUAGUUUUUUAAGGAUUGCAAUAACUGACUCUGGGACCUGUCUGUUCACCGACGAAAUUAUCUACGCGAUCUCUGCGCUCGAGCAACAAAGAGGCGACGGCUGGAUGAUCCGAGACGCCCAUUGAUCAUCAUGAAAAGAUUUGUUGAAUCACUGUUUUCUCCUCACGCCCAUCAUGUUCGAUAACUUGAAGAAUUUCGCAGGGAUGUUAUAUUUUCUACUCGCAGUCUUCAAGUGGGAUAGAUAUCGUAGCACUACAUUCGAUCCCUCAAAGGAUCUGCCUGACCUGGACGGCAAGGUUGCAAUCGUAACGGGUGGCAACACAGGAAUCGGGUUCAGCACCGUGAAGCACCUGGCGCGCCGUGGAGCAAAGGUCUACAUCGCUGGGCGAAAUCCUACCAAGGUGGCCGACGCCAUAGAGCGCCUCAAGGCUGAGGGCAUAACGGGAAAAGUGGAAUAUCUUCACUUAGACCUGCUGGAUCCACACAGUGCUUCAGAGGCAGUAAAAGGCUUCCUAGCUCUGGAGGAACGCCUGGAUAUUCUCGUUAACAAUGCUGCUCUUUUGAUCCAAGAUCCGGUCGAAUACCACUACGGCGUUGCCGACCAUAUGCUCACAAAUCACAUCGGUCACUUUAUAUUCACGACAGGUCUUCUCCCUGUCAUGAAGUCUACAGCUGAAGGAAAAACAUGCAGUGGCCGGAUUGUCGUCCUUUCUUCCGGUGGCCAUUUGUACGCGUCGGAGACUACGAGGUUUAGGAGUAUCGAUGAUCUCAACAAUGAAUAUACAGAUCAUCCAGCACCCUACUACGGUCGAUACUGCGCAGGAAAACUCGCCAAUGUCCUCUUCGCCAAAGAACUUCAGCGACGCCUCGAAGCUGAUGGAGCCAACAUCACUGUGAUGUCUUUGCAUCCUGGGAACGUUAAUACCUUUUCCUACGUGUCGCCCUUUCCACGAGUAACAGAGUGGUUGAUGCGUAUGCUGUUCAUGCACCCCGACAUUGGUGCAUACACCUCCGUAUUCGCUGCUGCUUCGCCGGUAAUCGACGCUGAUCCGCGAUAUAAAGGAGGGUAUUUGGAGCCUGUUGCACAACUCGGCGAAGCCUCGAAGACAGCUUGUGACCCCGAGGUGGCAAAGGAGUUGUGGCAGACGAGUGAGAAAAUUGUGGAAGGGAUACUUUUCCCCUCUUAAAUUAUGGUCGUUCGGAGUCGUGUUCCCUAAAGGAUUCAAAGUUGAUUCUUGGGAAACAGUAUCUUAAGUGGCAUUCUCGUUUCUUCCACGUUAUCAUUUGAUUUAUUUAAUGAUAUGUAAAAUUCUAUCUCUGCAAUCGUGAAGCAUGCGAGCUGUUCGUCAUCACUCAUGGGUCCUUGGUCGGCGUCUAUACGGCACAUCGUCGGAUCCGAUUGCGCCAUAAGUACCCGGGUGCGCUUCUGUAUCUUUAUUGCACACGCGACUGUUGUAUAUAAAUGCGACCGGUUUCAUCUCAUCAUGACAUCCGUCGAAGAUCAUGGGAGUAAAGUAGCUGCGAAGUCCGAAACUUUGGCUUUUCACACAGUGCAACCUUAGAAUUUAUCUUCCCAGUAAUGCUGCACAAAUA